AUGGCAGACGCCGAAUCUGACUUUCUUGCCAAGUUAAGAAGUGCGGAUGCCAAGCAGCGCCUUGAUGCCCUUGCGAUCCUUGUACCGGACGAUGCCCCCGUUUGCCAAUCCCAUCUACGCCUUGUUGCCGGCGUCCUUCCGUCUCUUCUUGGAGAGAUAAACCCUCUUGCGCUCAAGAAGCUGUACACUGCGUUAGAAGAAUUGUUGCGGCAAGAUAUGCUCGAUGCGAACCAGUUUCAGUCUAUAGCCACUGUCUUGAUUGAAAAGGGCCUCUCCAAUACUAAGCCCGCCCUCAAGGAUCAAGCCAAGGGCAUUCUCGUGGCUUUAUCUGCUCGAGCAAGCCUGCACAGUGCUCCUGGGCAACCCAAUGUUGUUAUCCAGUCUCUAUUAGCGGGACUGUCAGCAAAGAGCCCCAAGGUGCUCAGCGAAAGUGCUCUUUGUCUUCAGGCUAUCGUGGAGAAGUAUGGUAUCUUUGGCAUGGAUGUGCCUCCUUUUGUUCGCCUCGUGGCCCCGGUGUUUCAAAACAAGGACCUGAAAGUUCGCCGUUCUGCCAUGAAGAUUGCUGCUCUCCUGGCCAUGAAGGUCGGUGUCGAACCCAUCAAGGGAAUGCUUGGGCCCAACACUCCGAAACAGUACAUCACCGCCUUUGAAGGCGUCAUGGAAGAGGUCAUUCAGGAUCUCCAAAAGCAACAGGAAGGUGCCGGUGACUCAUCGUCGGCGCAGGAUGGCAAGGUAAUGGUAGCAUCAGAGGGAAAACGUGCAAUUUCUCCACCGAUUGUUGUGCAACGCUUUACAUACGAUCCAUUUGAUGAUUGCGUCCCUGCCUCCUUUCAUUUGCCUAAGAAUUGGGAUAAGAUGAUUACUGAUAAGAAUUGGAAGGAGCGGAAACAGAUUUUAGAUGAUCAAAUCAAGGCUCUUUCUUCUCUUACACGGAUAGAUCGUGCCCAGCUCUCCCUGCCCCAGAUUUUCAAGCAAUUAAAGACUAUAGUAGACUCUGACCUAAGUGUUGCUGUGGUUAGUGCCACCAUGCGCUUUGCUGCAUCACUCGCUGUACUUAUUGGUCCCAUGGGUCCAUAUUCCUCGACAAGCAAGCUACUCGUUGUGGCCUGCACCAAUCGGCUCAAGGAGCGCAAGGCACCAGUAAUAGCCGGGUAUAAUCUCUUCAUGCACUCUCUUUUAGUUCACUCCCAUCGACUAUCGGAUAUAUCUGCAGACAUGUGGGCUGUAGCUAUCCCACACAAAAACUCUGAGGUCAAGGAAGAUAGCUGCCGACUCCUCCGAACUAUCUGGGCAAGCGCUAUAGUAUAUAAUACUGUUUAUUAUCUUGGAAAGACAAAGCUUAGUGUCCAGCUUCCCAAUCAGAUCCUGCAGUCAGCCAUUGGCCAGACUCCUUCAGGACAGACAUUAGGGUCCAAUUCUGUAGACUACGCCCGGUACAAGGAGCUUGAAGACGUGGUCAUUAAUUACCUGUUAAACGAUGGCUUUCCUGGGGCUCAAAAGGCCCUUCCUGAAGGCACGCCAGUAUCAGGAGAGCUUUCUCCUGGAAUUCAGCUUAAGUCUAGAGUCCAUAGAGAGCGUGUGAGCUUCAAUUCCAUGCUUAUUGAUGUUACACCCUCUCAGCAGAAUCCUCAGGAUCCCGGUGACUUCUCUGGACUAAACCUAGUCUUCGAUAGUCUCGACAAGCUGCUGGGCGAUUCUUCUGCCGUUAUCCGGGCGCCAGCUUUGAAGGCUUACGCAUUUGGGAUAGUUGCCCACAUAUCCGAGAUCCUUGCCUUCUUUACCAGAGUUACUGAUGGGAUUUCUCAAACGGCAUUUAACUUACUCGUCAAUUUAAAGGCCAGAUUUGGAGCUAAAGACGCUAGGAAACAAGCAGAGCUUAUGGACCUCAUCAAGAAGGUCUGUAUUUCCGUAGGAAGGAGUGAUAUUCUUGAUAUUUUGGAAGGACGUGUUGUUCCAGUUGUUGGACAGCAAAAACCUUCACUUGAUGCAGCAGAUCAUGACACACUACAUUCAUAUCCACACUCAGACUCUGCUUCAGCAGCUCCAGCCACUGCGCCACAGAGUCAUGGUAAACUGUUUAUGCCACCAAGUCAUCAGCAGCCUUCGCAAGGAGCACAUACAAUUAACGCUGGUGUUGGGGGCCCAGGACAUAACUUUGUUCAUUCUCAAUUAACCGGUUUAGAGCAAGCAAACUCGUCUAAAAAUAAGCUGUCUGCCCAAAGAGGUAUCAAGCCAGGCAUAGCCCCCAAGGAGCCACGAGACCAGAAGGAUCAGGAACUGACGAUAAGCACAAACCCCAAUCUCUAUGACCAACGGAAAAUGUCUACUAUCAAGUGGAUUAUCGACCCAUUUAAUGCCGAUGCCCCUGUUUCCCUUCCAGCGAGAGACGAGCUCUACAAUCAACUCUGUCAAAUCAUACCGUCAAGCUACGUAGCUGACAUGUUCCUUAAGAAGGCCUCUUCUAAUGCUCCAGCACUGUUAUCUGGUCAACAGGGCAUUCCUAGAGGGAUAGACGCCAAGUUCACAGGAACAAGCAAAACAAUCGUGGAUACCGUUAGUCUCCUUCGCAAUGCUAUGCUUGGGAACCACCAGGGAGUUGUGGCCCAGAGAGAUGUUCUAAUGAAGUACAUAUCUCUGCUUUUUUGUGACGGCUUUGCUGCCCCCGCAACUCCUAACACAACACAGGUCAAGGCUGCGUGCCAAAUAACGGAGGAUCUCAUCAAUAUUCUAAUAGACAAUGAGGUUGUUUUAACCAUUUCAGACCUCGAUUAUCUUUUCCCGGCUAUUCUGGCAAGAUUGGAGCAGUUCAAUAUGACGCAGUUGAAGGUGCAGAUUACGUCUCUGGCAGAAAGACACGUACAUUUAACGUCGUUUGAGAAUAUCAUAAAUGUAGCGCUCAUGCAUCUUUUGGGCCGCAAUGCUAGAAUUCAGAUACGCCAAAUGCCUACUAAGUUUGCAAUCAUAAGACUUGUCUCGGUGAUGGCAGAGGCGUCUCGAGACAAUGACCAUUGUCUUGAGCUUAGCCUUGCUCCUAUUCAGUCAUUGCUAUCCAUUUACAAAACUAGCGUUAAUACAGAUACGUAUGCAUUUUCUGAAGGGCACAUAAGCGAAAACUAUCCAAAACUCCGUGGAGGAAGCGCACGAACGAUCUUUAUUACAUGUCUUGCCUCCAUUAUUAACGCGUGUGAUGCUCUUGUGCGGACAAAGUUGAUGCCACUUAUUGAGAAGACACUACACGACAAAGAUCUUCAAGACUUUCGCGCUCUCAUCCUUCCUUGUAUGGCUAAUCAAGUUGAUGAUCAACAGAGCUACAUGACUCAAGUUGCUCCAGAAAAUCCCCCUGCACCAGUCGAUCCACUGGAUGGAUUUAGUCCCGCAGAACACUAUGCGAACACCAGUAUGCGUGGCCAACUUGGAGCGCAAGUCUUCCAAUCCCAGAAGAGUAUGCAGAGUAUGACCCAAGCAAGCUUACAAGGGCCAUCUCUUCUCACGGGUCCCUCACUGUGUCAAAAUACAAGUAUGCAAUCAAACAAUACUUCGUUUAGUCAGCAAUUAUCCCCCCAGAUCGUCCCAGCCGAUCAAUUAGGUCAUCCUUUACCGCCGCACGGACCCCCGCAACUCCAGAAAAACUACGUUACUAGCUACCUUAAGACAGCCGCCGCUAAUCCCAGUGUAGCUGACAUGCCUUCUCCAGUUACGCUCACCGGUACUUCACCCACACAUGUUCUUACAAACAAGGUUGCUAGCCCUACCUCCAGACUUACUGAUUCUUUCCCACCACUUGUGGACUUUGGAAGCAUCACCCUCAUUUCGCCAGAGACAAGUUAUACUGACCGUCACUAUAGUAUUGACUCUACUAGGACACCAACUACAACCCGGCAGUUUCAACCACGGAAUCUUGCAGAGGUUCAUCCAUUUGAUGAUGUCCUUUCUGAAGAGGCCUUGCAUCAGCUUGAGAAUCAAGGACACCUCCAACUUGCAGAACUCGAGAACCACGUGCUCGCCUUGAAGCGAGCUGUCUAUCUAGCUAACACAAAUCAAAUCAAUGUUGCUACACUGCUUCCAAGAUUUAUUAACGCAGCGUCCAACAUUUGUCACUUUUUCUUUCUUUGUGAAGAAUCCUCGGAGAGACCUGAAAGAAAGUUGCGGUUGCUCAUUAUUUAUGCGCAGUUUCUCCACGCACUUUGUGGUCCACGGGGAACCAUCCUAUGCGCACCAAGAUCCUGUAUCUUAUCGGCGAUCACAGAUAUGCUUGUGUUUAUGAUUCUAUUCGCCGAUAGCCACAUCCAAUCUGCAUCUUGUUGCUAUAGUGCGCUUAUCGAUUUAAUGCGAUCAGCGAAUAUAACAGAUGUAAUGACCUGCUUGAUCAUUUUGUUUAUGAAAGUUAACGCUUGCGCAAAAGACCCAGAGAAGUCUUUGCUUCAAGAGCUCCAUCUUUUGCAGAGUGUCCACUUGGUCCGUUCUGAGGUUAGCGAAAUGCUCUCAUCAAAUGGACCUGCUCUGGCCAUUCUUAGUAACGUCCUUGUAAGGCUUUGGGCUAAGAUGAGGACACCUUUCAUGCAGCUGAUUUCGUUGGCGCAUGGAUGCAGGCUGGAUGUGGCAACUCACAUCUUUAAGUGCAGCGAUUUGGUUAAUCAGGAGUCACUUUACAAGACUUCCGAAGCCUCAACCACUCCGGCUAUAUACUGGAAGAAGGUUGCGAAAGAGUAUCCAGAGUUUAUCACCGCUGUUGGCACAAACACCUGUAUCAUGACUACAACUGUCCCGGAUAUCCUAGACCAAAAAGGUAUGCAAUCGACUGUUUUGGUUCUGGAGGAUAUUCUGUUAGCACUAAACGUAUUUUGCUUAGCUGAUGCAGGUACGUCAUGCUCUGCCCUUUCUCAAAAUAUGACUAGCUUUGUGGAGGAACUAUGCUCCAUUCUUGGCUCUGAAAUAUACCUCUACAUGCGGAGAGCCAUCCAUGGUCCACUAAGAGCACUGAUUGAUCAAUAUGUAGCCAGUUCCAGGUCUUAG